CCCUCCCUUUCUUCCAUCCUCCGCUCACAUUGCUCUUUCCUUCGGUGGGAAAAUUCCUGCUGGAACAUCCACGGUGGAUUUGAACUCGGGAAUUGUAGUGGAAAAGCAGAAUUCUGCAAAACACGCCAGAGGAUUUUCUCGCAUGUUCUUCCUCAUAUUGUUCAGAAAACCACCAUGUUGAUGUGGAUCAUGGCUUCCUGAUCAGAUCUUCCUGACCACUAUCUUCUCUAUCCUUGGACUCAUCAUUGGCUCAGUGAUGAACCACACACCUAGUCCCCAAAUGACAGAGGCCGCCAAGUCUGGGGCAGGCUUGUUGUGCGGCCUGGGUCUGGGUCCAGAUCGGGUUCGCUCCCCGGACAGCCUGACCCACACACCCAGCCCUUCAGGGGGAACACCCAGUUCAAGCCCUCCUUUGCUGCUGUCUCCAGGGCUGGGCUGUGAUGGCGCUGGGGACUGGGAGAGCCGUGAGGAGCUGCGUCUGCGCGAACUGGAGGAGGCUCGGGCACGAGCAGCUCAGAUGGAGAAGACGAUGCGCUGGUGGUCGGACUGUACGGCCAACUGGAGGGAGAAGUGGAGUAAGGUGCGGGCCGAACGCAACAGGGCACGGGAUGAGGUUAGGCAGCUGAGACAGCGCCUGGACGCCCUUACCAAAGAGCUGACUGGGGCACGACGGGAGCGCCAGGAACUGGCGGCGGAAAACGAACAACUGCGUCUGGAAGCCCAAAGGGUCCGAGCUGAACAGAACUCCCCAGAGAGCGCAUCCACUGCACCAGCAUCCAACUCCUCAACUGCCUCCACACACUCCAACCAGCCAAGGGAACCAGACAUCAAGCGUGAAAACCAGGAUGAGGAGAGCGUGAGAGAUGGGCCAGGCUCUCCAGAGCAGGAACCUGUGAGAGAUGUAAGCACUGACAAACUAGACAGGCAGAAGGAGGUGGAGUUAUUGGAGGCUCUUCUCAGGGCAAAGUCAGAGGCUCCAGACUCAUGGGACCUCCGUAGUGCCAGUAGCUUGCGCUCAGUUCUCAGUCGGCAGGACCGGAGCAGACUCCUGUGGGAGGAUCUGGCUUCCCUUGAGGAGGACUCCAGCAAGCUCAAUGUUCUCCAGCUACGCCUGGAUGAGUCCCAGAAAGUCCUGCUGAAAGAAAGAGAAGAUAAAAACACACUCAUUAAGAACAUUGAGAAGCUGGAGGCAGAGCUGAGCCAAUGGAAACUCAAAUAUGAGGAACUGAACAAGAGCAAACAAGAGGCCGUAAAACAGCUGAAUUUUUUGAAGGAGGUGCAUCAGGAUGAGCUGGGCCGGAUGUCUGAAGAUCUGGAGGACGAGCUGGGAGCUCGCACCAGCAUGGACAAGAAACUGGCAGAGCUCCGUACAGAGAUGGAGCGUCUGCAGGUGGAGAAUGCAGCUGAGUGGGGUCGUCGGGAGCGGCUGGAGACGGAAAAGCUGGCUCUGGAGAGGGAAAACAAAAAGCUGCGCACCCAGAUGGAGGACCUGGAGGAGCAGCUGGCACGCAAGCGCAGGCAGGCCGCCAGCGCCCUGGACACUGACCUCAAGACCAUCCAGUGUGAGCUUUUUGAGAGGAACAAGGAGUUGGCAGAUUUGCGGCACGUCCACUCCAAGGUUAAAAAGCAGUACCAGGAGAAGAUGGCUGAGCUAGCACAUGCUAACCGGCGUGUGGAACAGCAUGAGACAGAAGUUAAGAAACUCAGACUGAGGGUGGAGGAGCUGAAGAAAGAGCUGGGCCAGGCUGAAGAUGAGUUGGACGAGGCUCAUAAUCAGACCAGAAAGCUACAGAGAUCCCUGGACGAGCAGGUGGAGCAGUCAGAGAACCUACAAGUUCAGCUGGAGCACCUACAAUCUAGGCUAAGGCGUCAGCAGAAUCCUGGCCUCUUUGGCAAGAUGAUGACAUCAGCUUCAACGCGUUUUGGGCCUGAAGACGCAGACGGCCCCCAUAGUGACCCUGAUGAAGAUGAGGAAGAACUGCAACUUCAGAUCCCCUGAAUUGCUCACUCCACACCUGGAAAUGGACGAAAAACUCGUAGAUCGUACUCAAACAUUUCACCUUCUCUUUCAUUCCAUCUUUCAGUUGAGUCCAGAAGAGGACACAGACUUCACAAUCCUCAGCAGACAGAUAAACACAACGAUUUUUCAGUAGCCUGUUUUUGACAGCUUAUAAAGUGUGUGCCAGGGCUUUAAAUGGUGUAUUAUGUCUCAAGUAAAACCACUUGUGUCUCCACUAAUAUAUUGCUGGUUACAGUCCUAGAUGGCACAUAGAUGAUUAAUAUAAGGAUACAGGCUCACCGAUUAUUAAUCGACCAAACUGUUUACUGUUAUGAUUUUUGAGGGUCUCAUGAAGCCCAUAGUGAUAAUGCACAUGGUAAAGUAAUAAGUGGACUUAUGCGCUGGUACACACAUUUCAAGCCUGAAAAAAAGCCCAUUGUAACUUGUUCGCACUUUCAAACAGUAACCCUGGAAGGAAAUUGACACAGUCUGGAUCCCAUUCUCAUCUCUUGUCUGACUUGGGAUGACCUCUCCACAAAAUACUUCUGCUUCAUGCACUGUUUACAUGCGUGUUCCCUUCCGCCUCUCUUCAUUUAUUUUCCAUCACCAGCAUUAUAAUGUUCCCUUUUGCUCUUCCCAUUCAUUUUGAUUUCCCAUUUAAUCUUUUGUCGGCCCUCCCACACACCCCCAUCCCUUAACACCAGAUGAACAUGAUGAUGAUGUUCCCUGUGUCUGGGGAACAUUUCAUUUCUGCUGUGUUGUUACUGAAGAGGCAGGCAAGUCGUUUGUUUUUCGGAAGUAGUCUUGCUUUAAUUGUCCCAAAGUUCUUCUUGGUGACCAUAUAAAUGUGUUUCUGUCUUUGCAGUGGAGGAGUAGUCUUGUUUUAUGUAGAAAGUAGGGAGGGGGGGCCGUGGGUAGUUUGUGAACAAGUCGGUUGGAUUCUUAUUAAAUAUAUUCAACCAUAAUUGCUUUCCCCUUUUGUAUUAAACCUUUGAAAGGGACCGGUGCAUGAGGGAACAUUUUAACAAAAAGUUCUGUUGAUUUUAAACAGACUUUUAAGCAAUAUAAUACUGUCUACAUCUGCAAUGGGGACCAAUACUGACUCAUCUUCAACUAGGACAUUUGUACUGGUCAUAUUAAAGUAUUUAUCAGAUGUUCAUUUUUUUUUUACAUAAGUUGCCUGUAUUACAGUUUUUUUGUAUUUGUUUGUGUUUGUAUUUUACAUCUAUAAAUGUUAAGUGUAUAUACAUUAAAUAUUGACUGACAAAAUCAA